CCGCUGUCACUUUAACAAAAGUUCAGAGUCCAAAAAAUUCUUCGAGGCUUCAAAAUGGAUCUGAGGAAGCUGGCUGCGGACGCAGUGUCCCAGAAUAAGAAAGCCGCUCUUCUGAUCGGCGGAGCCGGAGUUGCAAUUCUGGGACUCGGUCUUGGAUAUAAAUACCUGCGAAAGCCAGAAAAAGCUGUUCGUGUGGGCGUAGUGUCGCAGCUCCUCAUUCACCCUCUCAAGUCUGGCAAAGCGGUGCCUUUGGCGCUCGCAGAGUGCCAGAAAAUGGGGCUGAAGUUCGGAGAGCUGCAGGAUCGACACUGGAUGAUGGUGACAGAGGACGGUCACAUGGUGACAGGCAGACAGGAGCCACGUCUGGUUUUGGUGUCUCUGACCUGUGAGGGAGGACAGGUUUGCUUGAACGGACCAAACAUGGAGGAACUGAAGUUCCCCAUCAAACAGCCCGACAACCCUAUCCUCGACUGCAGAGUGUUUGGCGUGGACAUUCAGGGCCGGGAUUGUGGUGACAAAGUGUCUCACUGGCUUACUCAUUACUUUAAGGCAGAGAAAACUUAUCGCCUGGUGCACUUUGAACCUUGCAUGAGGCCCAGAAAACCAGCGCAGAAAGAGGCUGUUUACCAACAAUUUGAGGAGGUGGCCUACCCAGAUUUUGGACCUGUGAUGCUGCUGUCAGAGGCCUCUGUUAAGGAUCUCAGCAGCAAGUUAGAGAAGGGAGUCACGGUUGAGCGCUUCCGCCCAAACAUUGUGAUAAGUGACUGUAAACCAUUCGAUGAGGAUUCGUGGGAAGAGCUCCAGAUUGGCAGCGUGCGACUGCAGCGUGUAAUGGCAUGUGGAAGGUGUCUUUUCACCACAGUCGAUCCAGAGACGGGUGUAAUCAGCAGAAAAGAGCCUCUGGAAACACUGAAAAACUAUCGCCUGUGCAAACCAUCUGAGAAGCACAUCUAUAAAACUUCUCCACUGUUUGGACAGCUGCACAACGUGAAGAAGACGGGCAUCUUUCAGGUUGGCGAUGUGGUUUACAAGAUCACCCGCUGAUAGAAGGCGUCGAGAGAGAGGGGGCAAACCUGAAGUCAAAACACUCAGAAGUCACAAGUCGUCUUUGAUAUCAGACUGAAGAAAGCACUUAAAUUCAUGUAGUGUAAGCAAAUAGUAGAAUAGAAAUGGACAGAAAUGAACUGCUUUGAAAUAACAUUUAAAAAAGUAGCACAGCAUUAGUAUUAAUCAUUUAGUCCGCCACCCCAGACUUUUUUUUUCUUUUUCUUUUUUUUUGAGGGUCUCAAUUUUCAAUGAUUUGACUGCCUUUUAAUCAGCUAAUAGAACCUGAUUUGAAAAUAUUGCUAACAUCUGCUCAAUAUUCCAGCUGGUUAUUAAAACCUGAAAUUACAUGCUGCUAUUGAAGAAAGAAAUGAAAUCGCCUGAAGUCUUUGUACUAAAGUGCUUCCUGGAGUGAACACAGCAGAGAUGUACUGCUGGGUUUGAUCACCUCUAGUAUUAAACUUUGCAAAACUAUUUGUAAAUCAUCCAUCUCAUUGCUAAUAAUUACUUUUUAAUGGCAUAUUUUGAAAGGAGCAUCCUUUUUUACACUCGACGUCCCCCUUUUUUCACUGUCGUAUCUUCUUAUUUUGUGUUUUAAAAAGGACAAGCUUAAUUGCUCAUGUAUAUUUAAUAGAUACUAAAAGUUCUUCGUGUGAUUCCUAGAAAAUGGCAAGGCUGCUUUUGUAUACUUUUACAUGAUCUAAACAUUUAAAGGUGAUAAUCACUACUUUAAAAAUUAGAAAAUAAAAGAAAUCUUGCCUUUUCUGUAUCAUCUCUCUGGGUAAAUAUUUAGUUAUGGACUCAAAACUUUUAUUUAAAAAUAACUCAAUUUUAAUGUCAUUAGUGGGAGUGAUGUAAAAUGUAGACCUUACCUAUAAACAAGAGCUGGGCACAUCAGUCCAAAUCCAAUCAAGCAAUAGUAUCGAUACCAAUGCUGGUGGUAUUGGAUUGAUACUAGCACGAUAGGAUCGAUACUCUGUUUCUAUCCUGUAGGUUUGGUAUGUAGCCCACUGUGUUGUGGUAAUCGGGGGGGGUUGCCGGUACGGGGUUAUGAAAAAAAAAUUUGAAAAGUAAAGCUGUCAGUGAUUUAGUGGUCAUUAAAAUGUGUUCAGAAUUUGCAAAUUGAUGAUUCAUCUGAUGACACACUACUCUCCUACAUAAGCCAGCUUCAUAGGUUAACAGUAUUGGUAAUGGAAAAUUGGUGCUCUAUUUACUUGGUGUCAGAUCGAUACCAAAAUUUGCACAGCACUGCUACAAGCACCAGACAGAUUUUUG